AAAGAUGUCGGUGGUUCUACCGGCGUAAACGUUGUGCACAGUGUUCAAAACAAUAUUGCAACUUUCUUAUGAAACAGUGCGCUUAUUCAAAUUUUUGCUAAUAAUUGUACUUUUAGUUGUGAUUAUGUGUAUUUUGUACAAUUAGUUUUGUGGUUUUUCAUCAUAUACUAUCUUGUGAACUCUUUUUACUGCAACUAACCUUUAUGUUGGUUGGUGUCUAACGACGAUUUGUAUUUAAUGAGAAUUUAAAUGUUCAGUUGAUAUUUUUACUACUUUUUUUGAGAAAAGUAUUAAGACUCGUUUGAAAUUUUAAUAUUGUUACAGUAUUUCAAUUUCUGCCAAAAUGGAGCCAAUGAAAAUCCAUCUAGAUGCCUUGGAAAUGGCAGGAAAAAUGGUAGACAAACAUAUUGUUGCCGAUAGUAAUUUUCCUUCAUUGAUCAAUCUCAUGAGAUAUAAUGUACAAGGGAAUCCAACUGUUAGUGGUUUAGAUGUAUAUGACUAUCCAAAUCUAAAUGGAACAUCAAUGAGUUUAACUAAUAUCAAUCAAAUGCGAAUGCACAGUAAAAUACCCUUACCAUCAGAAGUUAUGGAACAUUUUGGACAUAUGCAAUGUCAUUGUAUGAUGGGUUUAUUUACUGACAUUUCAAAAGCAUGGUUAACUAUUGAUAGUGAUAUUUAUGUGUGGUCAUAUGAAAAUGAAUCCGAUGUUGCAUACUUUGAUGGAUUAAAUGAAACAAUCAUCAGUGUAGGUCUGGUGAAACCUAAACCUGGUAUUUUUCAAAGUUAUGUAAAAUAUUUACUUGUGUUAACUACAACUGUGGAAAUAACUGUUCUUGGAGUUACUCUAACUGAUAAUGAAGAUGGUUCACAAGGAGAAAUGCAGUUGGUUCCUGAACCUAUUUUUACUGUCACAACUGAUGGCAUAGCUAUUACAACAAUUGCAAAUACUAAUAGUGGGAGAAUAUUUUUGGGAGGAAGAAAUGGCUCUCUAUAUGAGAUCUAUUAUCAAGCAGAAAGCAGCUGGUUUGGCAAGCGCUGCAAAAAAAUCAACCACUCUGAAGGCCCAUUUUCAUUUUUAGUUCCAUCAUUUGUAUCUGUUGCAUUGUCCGAUGAAGAGGCUAUUGUACAAAUAUCAGUAGAUGAUUCUCGUAGCAUACUUUACACCUUAGGUGAUAAAGGUACAAUUACAGUUUGGGAUAUUGACAGUGGCGGUGCAUCAAAAAUAACAUCAAUGUCUCAAGCCACAUUGGUUCAAAAUUCUGUACAUGUAGUCAAAACAUUGGACAGUAACAAUUUUAGGCCCCUUGUUAGCAUAUCUGCUAUUAAUGAAUCAGAGUCUUUGCAUUUAAAUUUGGUAGCCGUAGCUGCCACAGGUACAAGAUUUUAUUUUAGCUGUACAUCAUCAACUAAUCCUAUGGGCAGACCACAAUGCUUACAGCUGAUACAUGUACGUUUACCUCCUGGAUAUGCUGCCAAUGCACCAGUAAUGAGACCACGCAAAGUACAAAUGGCCCAUUAUAGAAAAGGAACAUUAAUUCUCACAUGUGGGGGUGAUACUGAAAGUGCUUGGUGUUUGAGUAAUGAUGCUUAUCCAUUUUCAAAUUGCCUUGCUGAGACACAGAGCAUUCUUCCUCUUGAUAGUCCUGUAUGGGCUUUGGCUGAAAUACCUGGUGAAUCAGCUAUUCAAAUUGAAAAACAAAUAGCCAGCCAAGGGGACCCACCACUUUUAGUACGUCAACACAUGGAACCCCCACGUAAAUUCAUCUUCUUGACUGCUCAAGGUGCCAUUGUACUUAUUCAAGUUAGACCAGUUGAUAUCCUCAGACAAUUGCUGUUGGAGCAAAGAGGACCUGAUACUGAAGCUGUGAAAGCUUACUUUCAAACUCAAUCACCUGAACAAGCGUGUGCUACAUGUCUGAUUCUUGCCACUUUGGAGAGCUCUCAGAAUGCUCAGCUGGCUGAAUGGGCAACUAGGGCCUUUUUUUUGUAUGGUUCCCAACGAUUAUUUAAUGGUCAAACACCUGAGCUUCAAUCACCGUUUUCUAAUAUUACAGUUAACUUGUUGACAAAUGAUAUAAGAACAUCAACACCUCGUCUUCCGUACUUUGAUAAUCGAUCGCAAAUGAUGCGUACACCUCAAAAUCCACAAAACGGUGGUGGAGAGGCAACAGGACUUCAACAAUUUUCAGCAAAACAUGGCGGCCUUUACCUCUACAUUGGUCGCAUUUUGCGUCCUAUUUGGAAUUUAAGAUGCAUAAAACAAGAUUCUAAUCAAGCUGGUAAAACUCAAAUAUUUAGCACAGUGAACUCUACUCAAGUUGGUUGGAUACUCGGUCACUUACAAGCACUCAGAUCAUUCUUAAAUAAGAAUACACAUAUAUCGAAAUCACAUGGUGGAAUGAGAAAUGUCAAUGAUGGUUUUGACAAUACAACGAUAGCAAGUCAAUAUCAAGAGCCAAUUGUAGAAGAAAGAAAUUCUUUGGAUGCAUUAAAAAUUUUUAUCACCCAUGCCUGUGAAAUUCUUGGUUUGUGGAAAAUACUGUGUGAAAAUCAAUUACAUAAUAUUGUUAGUUGUUUAUCCAAAGAUCAAGUGAGCCAAUUUAUGACUGCAACAUUCCGCGAUCUUAUUUUAAUUGGUCAUGAAAUUUCAUCUCUACUUAUUAUUCAUCUUAUCGAUAGUUAUCUUGGUGACAAUGCAUCUGUCGAUUCAGUCAGUGCAAAAUUGCGUGAAAUUUGUCCAAAUCUUUAUCGUAGUGAAGAUGCAGUUUGCUCAAAAGCAAAUGAAAUAAUUUUAAAAGCUAAAAAUUGCACAAAUCCUGAGGAAAAAGAAUCUUUUCUUCAAUCAGCUUUGAAGCUUUGUAAAGAAGUUGCUCCAAGAUUGAACAUAGGUGCUGUGUGCCAGCAAUUUGUAGCUUGUCAUUUUUAUAGAGGUGUCUUAGAACUUUGUCUUUGCUGUGCAGAUAAAGUUGAUCCCAAUAAUGCGGCUCUUCAUUAUUACAAAAAUAACGAACCCAUAGAAGAUCAAGAGGGAAGUUUCUCUUAUAUGAAAAGAUUAGAAAUUUACAAAGAAUUCACAGCCAUGUUGGAUUACCUGUACAAUCAAGGCAUUUCCAAUUCCAUCGCGGUGGUUACUUCUGCUAAAGAGACGAUGCAUGAAAUUGUUGAAGAAGCAUUAAGUUCUAAAUGUGAAAUAUUACACACGUCUGUGUAUUCUUGGAUGAUAGACAAAAAUAUGAACGGAGAACUAGUUGCAUUAGCAGCUCCUUCACUUGAAACUUACCUUAUUCGUGCGAAUGCACCAGAACUAUUAUGGCAGUUUUAUGAGCGUAAUAAGAAUCAUGCAGCUGCCGCGAAGAUACUCUACGCGCUUGCUACCAAAAAUGGACUUGAAGCAUCUUUGCCUCAACGAGUUGAAUACUUGGCACGAGCAGUUGUAUGUAUGCGAAGCGAUCAAGCAGGCUACGCUCCUCAUCUUGGCGUUUUCUUAAGAGAAUUAGAGGAUAAAGUUGAAGUCGCUCGCAUUCAACAGCAAGUUUUAGACACGAUUUGCAAUCAACAAGCUUUGUUUGAUGCGAUGGAAGUGCGGGACGCUAAAGCAAGAUUAAAUUCUGGAUUACUUGAUCUAACACAGCUCUACGAAGAAUUUGCCGAACCAUUACAAUUAUGGGAAUGUAAGUUAGCAAUAAUUCAUUGUUCUGGACACCAAGACGUCAUGUUAAUUCAAGGAAUUUGGAAAAACAUUAUUGAAACAGAACUGAAAAAUGCUCCAACAUCUGCAGAUGAUAAACUAGCUAUUAUUACUAGUAAAAUUAAAUUACUUGGACAGGAAUAUCGUGUUACUCCUCAUUGUUUUCCAGUUGAUUUUCUUCUGAAAGAAUUGGAAAUUCGAGCAUGUCGUUUGAAGAUAUCUAAUGAUCAUAUUAUCACUUGUUUCUUACAACUCAACAUACCAAUAGAAGAAUUGCUUGAUCAUUAUGAUAGAAUGAUCGGUGGUAACAACAGAACUUGGCUUAAUGAAGGAAAUGAAUUCCAUCUAAUUGAAUCGGCAGCUAAUCUUGUAAAUUAUUUCAUCACAAACUCGAAUAUCACGAAUGCUUUUAUAAGACGGAAAAUCAUCACCAGAUGUCAAGAUGUGAUUUCAAAAUGUUUAACUACUUUAUUCAGUAAACCUAAUGGUGGCGAGUUAAUUACAAAAUUGCGUUCAAUACAAAGCGUCUUGAAUCGAUUGUAAAUUAUAAACAAUCAUGUUGUCGAAAAUGAAAAAAUUAUGUAAAAUUCAAUGACAAUUGUUUUGUUGUAAACAACAUGUACUUGAACUUCAAUCAGUACUAUUGGAUAGAAAAAAAUAAUUGAAUUUAAUGUUUUAGAAACUACAAGUUUCCUCAAAUAAAUUAUUAUUAUUGUAAA